AUGGACGACAGUUCUACUCCAAGAAACGCGUCGAAUGGAGAUUCUAAUGUCGCUACAAAUGAUGCCACUCGUUCGCUGGCCAACUUGACGCUGACCUCUUCCACAAAUACAAAUGGCAAACCCGCUCCUGCGGCCAUUUACCCGGCACUACCACCAGAAAUAAUGGCAGAGAUUUUCCUGAGUGUGUGCGACUACAUUCCACAGCGCCGACCUCCCAGAAUGACUUCCCCGCUGGUCUUGGGAAAAGUUUGCGGCGCGUGGCGGGAAAUUUGUUGGUCGACACCGUCCCUUUGGGAAGUCAUCGAUCUUCUCGUCGUACCAGCCAGGUUAGAUGUGCAAAACGAGCUUCUCAAGGAAUGGAUUGCAAGGGCAGGCUCGCGCAACCUCCACAUUUAUCUCAACGAGGAAGAGCCACACAGAGGUUGGAAAGAGGUCCCUCCGCACAAAAUCAUGCAUACUAUCGCUUCCCUUUCCCGCAGGUGGGAAACGGCGGACAUAUUUCUUCCGGAAGACAGUUACGCCGAUCUUAUUCCAAUAAAGGACAAUCUUCCCGUCCUGAAGUCGCUCUCCAUCCGACCCCCUAAGCAGGAGUGUAUUGAAAUCGACCUACGCAUAUUCGACAACUGCCCCUUACUUCGGAGCCUCGAUCUUGGACACUAUUACUUGGAAAACUUAUAUCUACCUUGGAAGCAGCUCACGAGAUUGUACGCCGAUGGUCUCCUUAUUGAGGAGUGCUUUCAUGUUUUCCGCGAAUGCCGAAAUCUCAUCAAUUGUCACCUCGACAAGAUAAUAAGCGACGUCGAAGACAUCGUCACACUUCCUGUUCCCAUUACGCAUCGUGGCAUAGAGUCCUUUGACGUCACGAGCUCCGAAGUGCAAGACAUUUCCUCGGUUUUCGGGAACGUCACCCUUCCUGGACUGACGAAGCUUCAAAUCAGUUGCUCAGAUUGGACGGCGGAUACCACUCCACCCUUGCUUGCUUCCUUUUUUAAACGAUCUUCUUGCAAUCUACAAAGUCUGAUCAUAGAUCGCAUCUUUCACCUCGAAGGAGACCUUAUAGAUUUCCUAGACGCCGUCCCUUCUCUCAUCCAUCUCAAUGUCGAAGAAAGAGAUUUUCACUUCUCCGUCGACAUUCUUGACUUCCUACGCUGCGCCGAUUCCCGUGGACUAUUCCUCCCCAACUUGCAGGCCCUGACGCUUUGCGGUAUGUUCUCGUUUGAUAUCCACGACAUGCAUGGGAUGUUGGAGGGUAGACGGAACAACGACAAGCUCACGACACUAAAGUCAUUUUCUAUUGUAAGAUUUAAUUCGACGGUGUGUGAACUCAGCGAAGAGGUUGAGCGCAAAAUUCUUGACCUAGUCGAGGAUGGGUUACAUUUUUCCAUUUCGAUGCCUGGCUGCCCGGAGGCGUUAUCACAGUUUCCCCCGUGGUUGACAACACAAUUUGCUUGAUGUAUACCCAUGUACAAAAACAAUACACCCUCAUUCAUGG